UCGCGGGAGAGCAGCCACCGUACGGAGGCAGGAAGUUGCUUGCUAGGGCUUGCUUGGAGCAGCUAGCAGUUCCCACCGCGCGCCGUCGCCUUCCUCCCCACCGCCGCCGCCGCCGCCGCCGCAGCCGCACCCAUGGCGAGGGGCAAGUUCAAGGGCAAGCCCACCGGGGAGCGCACCUUCUCGUCCGAGGAGGAGCUCGCGGCUGGUACUUCAGCAGGACGUCCAAAGAGCUUUAAGAAGAAGCAAGUUGAGAAGGAGGUUUAUGAAAGAAGGGAGGAACCAAUAGAUGAGGAAGAUGAGGAAGAGGUUGAGAAGACUGAGAAACACAAAGGCACUGCAGGUCUUAUCGAGAUUGACAAUCCAAACCUGGUGAAGCCAAAGGGUAUUAAAGCCAAGGAUGUUGAUGUUGAUAGGACGGCUGGUCUGUCCAGGCGUGAAAGAGAGGAGAUUGAGAAACAGAGAUCUAUAUUGCACUACAAGAGGCUUCAGGAGGAAGGAAAGACAGAUCAGGCCAGGAAAGACUUAGACCGCCUUUCUUUGAUCCGGCAAGAGAGAGCAGAAGCUGCAAAGAAGCGCGAAGAGGAAAAAGCUGCCAAAGAAGAGAGGAAGGCUGAAGCACGCAAGUGACCUACCCAAGCUAAAUGAACCAGAUAUAACGUUGGCUUCCUGUUUACUGCCUUAAUUUAUCGUACUGUAGGAGUAGCAUCUGGUAUGCACUCUAAGUCUGUGACUAUGCAGCAACUAUGUAACUGCUUGUGCUGGCUUCCUUUAGAUGUUGAAUUCUGAACUUGGAGGAGAAUAUUCCUUUGCUGCUA